AUGAUGGAUAAUGACAGUAGUUUUUAUGAGAAACAUACAAAUUCUUAUGGUUCAUUAAAGACGCAAAAAAAUGUCUCCAGGAACUUUGAAGUUUUUCCGGCUUUUCUGCCUCUAAUUCAAAAUGUUGUCAACUCCAAAGCAUUCGCAGGUGUCAAACACAAGAAAAUAUCCUUGGUUGGCUGCAGUUCCAGUAAACACAACAAUGAAUCAGACCGUUUCAGAUUAUCAAUACCUUACGCUGAUCAGAUGCUGAGCUGGAUGGUUUUAUUUGAUCAGUCGCAUCCAGAACUGGGGCCUGAUUUUGAAUUUGACGACAAAACAUUCCUAUGUAAUCCUGAUUUGGAAGAGCUUGAGAAUAAUGUACCAAGUCUUGUCAAUUGGAAUCCAUCUGAUCCUGAUUGUUUGGUUAAAGUUAUCAUGGAGUUUGUCAUUUAUUAUCGAAAAUAUCAGGUUGAAAAACUUCAAAUUCAUGAACGCCUGGCAUUUGAAUAUAACACUUUAUUACAAGAUACAGCAGUCUGUGAAGAAGAUGUCGAAGUAGUACUAAUACCGGAUACAAUAGAACCAACUGAAGCACGUUUUUUCAUUCGCAUGGCAUUAGAUUUUUCCCGAUUACCACGACGUAAUUCCAACAAUACCGAACACGAUGGUAUAAUGCUCCAAGUUACUUAUUCAAAUGCUACCUGGAGUCGUACAGUGCCUAUAUUAUAUUUAUCAGCCGGAUUAGAAGAUGUCCUUGGUAAUUCAAACUCACUUCACUUACCACCCUUAACAGCAAUUAAAAAUCUUUCGAAAUACGUGCCAGAAGUUAAAAAACUAAUAAGUGAUAAAAUAAACUCCGUUAUUGAGAACUUUGAGAAAAAACGGGGAUUUAUUAGUAUGGCUUUAUUAAUGUACGGUGGAAGCAUUGUGGAAUACGAUUCUAAUGAUUUUUCAUUUAUUUCAUUACUGUCUAAGCAUAACGAUUUUUUUUUCUUUUUACACAUUAAAUUGUCUAAUAAGUUUCCAUCUGAUCCACCAAAGUACACUCUGCAGUCUUGCUAUCAAGUUAACACGUUCAAUGAACUUCCCCGACAUGCGGUUCAUAAUGUUCCUUACAGUCCACGUUGGGACCCACAUAGAAUGUUAACUGAAGCAUUUAAUUACAUCAUUAAAAAUGAAGUUGAACAACUUCGAGGUCAAUUCUCAAGAAGAAAAUGGUAA